AGAUAAAAUCCACCGCUUCAGGCAGAAGACUGGGCAGCGUCUCGUCUUCGCCUCACUGUAACGAUGCAAACCGUUGAUGAAGUGGACCUCUGUUUCCCACAACUCCUCAACGCCUCCUGCAGGAAGACGGCAAUGCCUCUGGCUGUGUCCACGAUCACUUACAUCAUGCUGACGUUCAUCGGUCUGCUCACUGUGAUUCUCAACCUGCUCGUCAUUGUCUCCAUCUCUCACUUCAGGCAGCUCCACACCCCCACCAAUAUCCUCCUCCUUUCUCUGGGUAUCUCAGAUUUUCUCGUGGGCUUCCUUAUUUUCUUUCAAACCUCGGCGAUAGACGGCUGCUGGUUCCUCGGUGACUUCAUGUGUCUCCUGUAUUACGUGCUGGAAUACAUCAUCACCUCUUCCUCGAUAGGAACCAUGGUCCUCAUAUCAGUUGAUCGAUAUGUGGCUAUUUGUGACCCAAUGCAUUACCGGACCAAAGUCUCUGAAAGAAGAGUUAAGAUGUGUGUUUGUGCUUGUUGGGGGGGUUCGACCCUCUGUCACUGUCUGCUGUUGAGGCACAACCUGAAACAGCCAGGAAGCUUGAAGUCCUGCAUCGGCGAGUGUGUCAUUUUGAUUAAUAACAUCUCUUCAAUUAUAGACGUGACUGUGUCCUUUAUUGGUCCUGUCAUUGUCGUUGUCGUCCUGUAUCUCAGAAUCUUUGUGGCGGUCAUCGCUCAGGUCCGUGCCAUGCGAGUGCGCACGGCAGCCGGUCCUCAACAGAGCUCGGUCAAAGUAAAUAAAUCAGAAAUGAAAGCGGCGCGGACUCUCGGCGUCGUCAUCGUUGUGUUUUUAUUAUGCCUCUGCCCGUAUUUUUGCACUGUGGUGACAGGCGUGGACACCCUGCUCAGUGCGUCGAGUGAUGCAUUUGUUAUUCUUCUGUUCUACUUUAACUCCUGUUUAAACCCACUGAUAUAUGCCUUUUUCUACCCCUGGUUUAGAAAAUCUAUCAAACUCAUUUUUACACUUCAAAUACUGAAGCCUGGCUCCUCUGACUUCAAAUUAAUGUAAAGAGAAGGAAGUUGAUGUGUAGUUUGUUUGUUUUUUUAAAUGUGGGGAUUCUACAGAGCAAUAGAAAAACCCAGUGAACAGUGUCGAGACAUACUGUAGAUAUAAAUUUACUAUAAACUUUACUUAUAUGAAAUUUACAUAUCACUGUCUGUUUAGGUGGACUUUAGAAUCUCUUCUAUGCUUUGACCCUGAGUUUGAAAGUGUGCACAUAGUGCUGCAUAUGCAACAUUCCAGCCAUGUCCAAGCACCACACACGGGAAAACUAAAAACCUGAUGCCCUGUUGCCUGUAUGCAUAAUAUAUGUCACAUAUUGUGUCCAGAAUAUGUUCUAAAUAUUGCAAGUCAAUUCCCACUAGAUUUCUACCCCUGAAUGUCAAUUUCCCCAUUCUCAUUUAAACUUUUAUCACUGCACUUUAGCUUUUUUAAUUAUGUACAGACUCUCUUGUUACAUGUUACAGUUGAAUUCGUUCUACUUUUGUUACUCCAAAAUAUGGCAUUUGAUAAUCUCAUGUGCAUUUUCUAAGGAUUUGUUCUUGAUUUGUUCAAAGCUGGUGUUAAUGCAAAUUAAUACUAAAACCUUUAGAGAAUCAGCUCCUAUGAUACAAAAACUGAAAGUUUAUGAUUGUGAAGAUUUAUGAUGUAAAGUUAUCUGCGAAAAUGUUGAAAUACUUUUGUUAUGAUGUGUGCCAAAUCUAUGUUUUGGCCUCUAUCACUGAGACAUAACAGUUGUUCUCAAAGAAUAAGCACUGACUCUCCCUGAAUUUAUGACCCAAACUGUGACUCAUGUUGAUUUCACAAAAAUAGUGCAGUAAUGCAGAGUGAUAUGACCCUAAAUUCAUAUCCUGUUUCAUGUAAGUCGAGAGGUGACAUACAAUGUUGGUAUUUUAUAUGAAACGUGCUUAAAAUGUUCAGAUUUUACUUGAUUUUAUUUAUUUUGCACAGUACAAUACAUAAAGAUUAUCAUAUGCAUAUCUUGAAUUAAAUUCCGAGCAGUCAAAAUGAAAGUAAAAGUAGUGAUGAUGAUGUUAUGAUGAUAGCUGUCAUAUUAAGUGUGGAUAAUCCUGAAUGAGUCUCUGCGUCAGAGAACUGUGUGUGUAUGUACCUGGUAUUCCUUAUAUUGUGGGGACCUAAAUCUGUUUACAUUGGUCACAUUACAGGGAUAAAAAUCAAGUCCUCAUAACCUAAAUUUCUACAAUCCAUUCAAGUUAUGCCUAAACCAGUCAGAGUGCACACAGCAGACACUAUAUGUCUCCAUCACUAUAGCAACUAGGGAUGAGCCUGUACUAUACAUCAAAAUCACUGGAUCAGAUGUUGAAAGAAUGAAAUGUUAAAUCUGAUUCAAUCCCAGAAUCAUAUGCAUCGCAUGCUUCUCUGUGCACACACAGAAUGUAAAAAUGCAAAUAAAAAACAUUAAUUAAAUGUAAAUAAAAAACUACAGCAAGUAGGGAUGAGUCGAUACAAUACUCAUUAUCAAUCCAAUACUAAUGUGUUAGCUCUGAUUCAAUCCCAAAAUCAUAUGUAUCUCAUGCUUCUCUAUGCACACACAGAAAAAAUUUAAAUUAGCAGAAGCAUUUAAGCUGAGUCAUGUUGUGUGCUUUGUGGGAGAAGAAUAUUUGUUAUACAGUUCGACAAUUAUGUCGUUGAAAUAGCCUGAAAAUGUCUGUAGGUAAUAAAAACAUCAGUACAAUUUU